AUGGCAUCAAGGAUGAUGAGGUACUUUCACAAAGCAACAGGGCCCAAACCGACGGAAUCUGACGACCAGGCAAAGCAGGGGAGAGCUGCAGCCGAUGGGGCUUCAGAAGAUACCAUAUACCCCAAGCAGACCGAACGCGAUUCGUUCACCUCUCCAGAACAACCACAAUCCGCCAUGGAAUUCGUAGUAGAGAUACCCGGUAGCUACGAGGCCGUCAUCAAGCAGAAGAAUGAGGCGAGUCGACAACUCACUGCACACAGUGAGCAACUCGAGGAACUUAUACAUCGGAAUUCCCUGCUAGAGCAGGAGUUCGACGACGUUGUCAAUAUCCUCAGAAGUGACAAGAAGAGACUCAGCGAGGUGAUCAAGGGCAGAGACAACAAGAUCCAGGGCUUGGAGUAUGUCAUUGCCGAUUUGCAACGUGAGCGCCAGCAAUAUAUGCACGAAAGCAACGUUGACCGGCUCGCGAUCAAGCAGCAGCUGCGCAUGCGUACUCAACAGUUAGAUGGUUCACGAUCAGAGAUCAAGUUGCUGAAGACAAGUCUGGAGGAGUGCAAAGACCGCAUUUUCAGCAUGCAGCCAGUCCAGGGCAUGUCCGACACUCAGCUUCAAACUUCAUACACAGAUCUGUGCAAUUCCAUCGAGUACUGGGUCGAGGAGCAGUUCGACGAGGUUGAGGAUGUCAUCCGAAAGGUUAUUACUGCGGGUCGUCCUGUUAGUGGUCCGCACGUCGUCUGGGAUCAUAUAUCGAAGGCGACAUUCCAUGUGGUCAAGCUAAAUCCGGAGCUGAACAACGCGUUGCUGGUAGCCUUGAUGUCUCGGUACCUGUAUUCCCAGUUCCUGUCUGCAGAUCGCGUGUAUCCAGGGCUGCCAGACAACACAGAGGCGUACCUUCGGGAUAUCAACAUUGGCAUCAACAACAUUAGCCCUGCUAAAGACAUGGAUUCCAUUCAGAGUUGGCGAGUCGAUCUUUACAGAACGUUGAGCUCACUAGAGUCGGCCAAAAAGUAUCGGGAGAAUGCAUUACGGUUUGCAUCAACCACCAUUCAGACAUCGUUCAAAGCGGUCAGAAGUAUGGAUAUGGACACCAGAACAGGGAAGAGCACUUGCAAUCAUUUGGUCGCAGACACUGCCGAUCUUGCUGGCCACAUCAGACAGUCCAUGACGAUGUACGACUUCGGGGACGAUCCUUAUGAAAUUACCAAAGCUGUGAAUGGGGUGCUGAAGCUCGAAAACUGGAAGAACUUCAAAAUCAUCGACAGCAGGACAGGACAGGCGCUACGUUCUUCGGCGGUUCCAGUAGCCGACGAGAACGGUAGAGUCGGCAAGAUCCUCUUCGUUGUGCAUCCAGCCUUCAUUCGCAAGCCGACAAAAACAGCUGCAGCGAUCAUUUUGGUCAAGCCAACUAUUGCAGUCAAGUUCGACCAUGCAAUCCCGCGCGGAGGAAAGCGCCCGGUUGAUGGCUGAGAGCCGUCAACUCUGCAAAUUGACUAGGCGAAGCAGCUGGUUUUCGGGUUGAUGAGGUCUGCAGACCCAGUACGGAAUGCGUAGAUCGAAGUGGUGCUGGGGUAGGAAGACGCUACACUAGAGAGAGGUUGAUCAGGAGUGCUGUGGGCUGCUGAGGUUGUCUUCAGGCGUGAUAUCCUUCGAUAUGCCGGGCAGGGGAUGCUGGCAGGAAGCCGAGAGCUUCUUGGAUGUGCUGGGAUUCGGAAUGAUUAGGAGUCGAAAGAUACUCCGUAGUUGAAUGAUUAGCCAGCGGCGGAGGCUGU